GUUGAGCCAGACACACUGCGCUCGGCGAGUGAGGCGGAUGUUGUGGCCGAGCUCGAGCCGAGGGACAGCUUCGGUGAGCUGUCUUUAAUUUACAACACCUUCCGCGAGGCGACCUUCAAGGCAGUGGAAGAUUCCGAGGUCUACGUAAUUUCUCGGAAGCAUUUCAAAGCUCAUUUCAAUCGGCGUGGGCCUCGAUUCAAGGAUUAUUGCGCGUUGCUCGACGAGGUGCCUGCUCUUUGGCCUCUGCUCCGUGCAGAACGCUGGGAGUUGGCGUGCAACGCACUCGGCCUUUUCACUUUCAGGCCUGGUGAGCGGAUCAUCCAUCAGGGGCUACAGCGGAAGUCGGCGCUUUGGUACAUCGUCUUUUCGGGCAGCUGCGUUGUGUCAGCCAGUCACACAGGGCCCGACGGGCAGGAGACCACGGAGGUGAUCUCCACGCUCCGGCGGCCAGGCCACUUUGGCGAGCGCUCUCUUCUCCGAGGUGGUGAACAUGCCAUCCCAGAGGUUAGCGUCGAUGCCGGCAAGGAGGGCCUGGUGUGUCUCGCCUUCGAGGGUCAGGCCAUCCGCGUGUUGCUCGAAGAGCUUUCUAUCCAAGGGGCUUUCGGGGACGGGGCGGAGGCACUGCUGCCCAAUGUGAACAGCCUGAGCUCUAUUGAGUACGAAUUAGCCAAACUUGGGCGCAUGCGCCGUCAGCGUGUUCAAACCGAGGAGAUUGACAUGAUGAGCCUCAACAAGGUGUGCCAUCUGGGCCGCGGCGGCUUUGCCGACGUCUACUUGAUGGAGGACAGCGUGUCUCAAAAGAGGUACGCGAUGAAGUGCAUCUCAAAGGGGCACGUGGAGAAAUUCGAGGCCGUGCGACAGGUCUGCUGGGAGCGAGAGAUGCUGAUGACGGUUGACAGCCCCUUCGUGAUUCGUUUGGUCCGCACGCACAAGGAUGCUGAGUUCUUGUACAUUUUGCUGGAGGCAGCGCUCGGAGGAACUCUCUACAAGUUGAUGAGACAGAAGCCCGAGGUGUUCUGCGACGAUGAGCCGAGGGGCAGUUCAUCGGCCUUCUUCGUCGCCUGCAUCAUUGCAGCGCUCGAGCACUUGCAUGACAGGCGCAUUGUGUACCGUGACCUGAAGCCCGAGAACGUCCUGCUAGAUGAGCACGGCUAUGCGAAGCUUUGCGACAUGGGGUUUGCUCGUUUCGUCAUUUCCAAAACGAAUACGCUGGCGGGUACUCCCGAGUACAUGGCUCCAGAGGUCAUCGACUUCCCACACGCCCAUGACGUGACCUGUGAUUGGUGGUCAUUGGGCGUGCUAACCUUCGAGCUGAAUGCUGGCCAGCCUCCCUGGGAGGACGAGGGCGUUGCCGACCUCUUCGGGAAGUUGUUGGCCAUCCGGCGCAGCCAGGAGAAGGGCGAGCCUCGGUAUCCCUUCAGCUGUCCUCUGCUUGUGCGAAACUUCAUCUCCAAGCUACUGACGAAGCUCCCUCACCGCCUCGGCGCGCGCCAGGGUGCACGGGAACUACGGGAGCAUUUCUUUUUCAAGAAAUUGUCCUUCGACUUUCAGGCUUUGAAGGCCCAAACUCUGCCGCCGCCCAUCGCACGGCCUUUCCAGCAGAGGGAGAACGCGGUGUGUGGCAUGGAGGACCUCUCAGGCGAGCUCCUGAAAAACUCCGAGCUCUUCCAGCCUGUGCAAGGGGCUUGCAUGCAACAAGCUCAGUCUGCGUUGUUUUGGCAUGCUGAGCCGGCGAUGCAGACGUGCCGCCGUGCAUCGCGUCCAUCUCACCUGCAGAUAGCUGGCCGCCGAGCAUCCGACGGCCCGGAAUCAAUUCCAGCACGUGCGAACAUGCUGAGGCAGCAAGUAGGAGCUUCCCAGCGAGACCGUGAUGACAACGUGGUGGAGCCGUCUGGGAAGCUGUUCCCCCGCAAGACGCUGGUACGAAUCCUGGUCAGCCAGCUUUCUGGAGUGCCAGACGGCCGCAACUCCCCAGACACUAUCCAGUCAGGUUUUCCUGGAAGCGCUUUUGCUAAGCCGGGGCAAUAUCUUGAUAUGCAGAGACCUGCCCCAGUUAUUGAGAUGACGAUGACAAGCCUAGGCCAGACGCCAGACCCACAUGUGGUCCAGGUUGGGCGGCGGCGAUCAUACGAGUGCAAAGACAACGUCUUUGCACUGGUUCCAAUUGCGGUUCCUGCACCAUCCGAGAUGCUGACAUAUCAGCGGGUCGCGAUCCACGCAGGGGCCGGCGACAUGCAAGAGUCGAGCUGCGACGCCGUGACGCAGACACCAUCCCGUGUCUUUGCUGUGGAGCAAAAAGUUGGAGCGGGUCCGUCGCCGACGCGGCCGACACCGUGGAGACUCCGUGGAGGAGAUCUGCCCGCUGAGCAGGGAGGGGCGGCCGGGCCGCAGAUCGAAGUGAAGCUGCUCUCGAGAUCGGUUCGUGGGCGUUUUGACCCAAUAGGCCAAGCAUCAGAAGCCCUGGGUGUCACUACGAUCAUUUUGGUCAGUCGUGUCAUGGCCGCAGAUGCUGAGGAGUUGGAGCUGUUCGGGUCAGAGGAGGAGGCGGAGAAGGGCGCGAAGGAGCUCUUCGGCGAAGACGACGAAGGUGAAGAAUUUGAGCUUUUCGGCUCCGAAGAGGAGCCCGAGGCGGCGGAGCAGCAGGCCGUCCUUGACGUGGGAGUGCAGUCGGUUGCGGUGCUGUGGAACGACCUGGGAGAAACAUGCAAUGCUCAGCCUCCGUCCGUGAUCAGCGAGCUGGACGAGAAGGACAUCUUCGGUGAUUUCUCAGAUGAUGAGCCGGAGAAGGAGCUUAGCAUUGACGUGACUGAGCGCAUGAUGCCAGCUGCCGACAAGGACCUCAUCAGCAUUCGCCUGCCAAACAUGUUGUCUUUCGAUGACGCCCAGUAUCUUGGCAUGGAAUCCAUCACAGACACGCUGAUGGAGGGGUACAAAGAGUACAAGAACACAAGGGGACAAAAUGUUGUCAGCCUGCAAAACCCCGAGAACUGUGUACGUUGGCGAUUGGAGCAGGAUGAGUAUGGCAACAAUGUGUUGGACUCUACGGGGCGGCCGGUUCACGAAUCCAACUGCCGGCUUGUGCAGUGGGAGGAUGAAACGUGGACACUCUUUGUGGGGGACGAACCCUUUCACAUCACGGAGGUCGCAGAAAGGAAUCCCAUCUUCGAGGUAAACAGCCAGGACGUUUAUGUCUGCCACGGAGCCAUCUCCAACAAGUUUAUCGCUACUCCGAGGUCUAUGGAAUCAGCAUCCCACGACAUGCUGAAGAAGUCUCAGUACCGAAAGCACGAGCCCGUGCGACGAUCUCUUCUUAUGACAGCCGAAGUCCCAGUGAGCAACAUGUGCGAACAUGAUCUCUGCCUUCGUGCCUCGCUAUGCAUCACUGGUAGUGCUAUAAAAAAGCGGCACAGGAAAUGUAUUGGACCGCCGUCAGUGACGUUAUGUGGGGACCAUCUAGCGGCUAGCUUAAGAUCGGUAACGAGAGUGGCAGCGGAAUGGGGAGGGGGCGGGGACGGAUCUUGCGUUGGACUAGGAGCCUCUACGUACCCCACAGCUUCGAAGUCUAAGCCUACCUGCCAGGAGACCGAGACUGCAGAAGCAAGGCGGGGCCGCCCCACGCGGAAUGGUCGGCGGAACUUGACACAAUGUCGGUUUGACGGGACUGCCCUUGCACAGGCAGGUGUUGGACAUGGAGCGUGA